UGGGGGAGGAUCAUAUCUCCGCCCCGGGCCUCUCAGGCUCCUUCCGCUACCUGUCUGCACCUGCCUUCCGGCCAGAGUAAAACAGCUUUCCUUUCCCCAUGGCACUCCACCGAGAGCCCUAGAGCUUUGGGCCCUUCACUCCACCCCAGUUGCGCCAGCCGGGCAUGGCUCGCUGCUGGCAUUGGGGCACCUGUUUCUCUGCCAUUUUUGCUGGCUGGCUGUUGGCACUGCUAGUCCCCCUAGCUCCUGCCCUUCCUUCUGUCCCCCUGGAUAGGCUUGCUGGCGACAACACCUUUCUCGCCAUCCCGUUCUCUUUACCCGCUCCUGAGGUUCCAAGCCUCAUUGCCUGGCAGAAGGAUGCGACCAACCUGGCCACAGGAAGCUUCAGGCCCAACUUCUCAGUCCUGGUGGCGCCCAGUUACCGGCCUCGGUUCUCCGUGGAUCCCACGAGCGGGAGUCUCAAUAUCACUGCACUGAUCCCCGCUGAUUCGGGUGUCUACACAGUGGCACUGUUCCCCCUAGAAAGCGUGGAGCGGAAGGCAAACAUCACGCUCAGGGUGUAUGAGGAGGUGGGCGACGUCUCUGUGGUCCCAACAUCUGCGGAGGCCGACGAAAGGGACAGCUCAGUGACCCUAACAUGUAGCCCGGUCCGAGGGUCCAUCACCUGGACCAAGGAUGGUCAGACCCUGGACGAGAAUUCCCGAUUCCAGCUCUCCGGCGGCUCCCUGAAAAUCAACAACCUUCAACGCACUGAUUCAGGGACCUACCGUUGCACCAUCUCCAAUCCUUUCAGUAAUGGGACAGGCACGUCUCAGCUCACUGUCUACUAUGGCCCCGACACCCCGAGCAUCACUGUCUCCUCGCCGGGUCAGGACGUCGAAGCAGAGGGCUUUGUGUUGGUGAACACCAGCGUGAACCUGACGUGUCUGGCCCCUUCCCAACCACAAGCGGAGAUCUACUGGAACGUGGCAGAUGAUCAGGAUCUCCUGGUGCCUUCUUCACCUAGUCUUCCGCUCCCCAGCGUGCAGCUGAAUCAGGCCGGGAUGUAUUGGUGUGUGGCCAUCAACCGGCGCACCAAUGGGAGAGUCCGAAAUACCUACAGUCUCAUCGUUGCCCAACGACCCAUUGGAUACCCCCAGUGUUCUGUGUCUUCGAAAAACAGUGGAUCUUCUUUGCUUUUCAAUUGUUCCUGGCCGGGGGGAUCACCUGAUCCCCGUUUAAGAUUCCAGGGCCUUCCGGAGGACAAGGAGGUGACUUCCUCUCACUUGGAGCAACUGGUGGACUCUCCCUUCCUAGCUGGGCUCAGUGGCCAGAACGUCACCUGCUUUGCAAGCCAUUUGACUGGGAAUAGGAGCUGCAGCGUCAUCCCAGAAGCCCCCUCUGGGGUCUUCCUCUCAUUCCAGGCCUCCGAGGAGGAAGGGACAGUUGCCAUGGAAAUGCGCUGUCAGGGCACCUUCAACCCGGCCGAGAUCGAGUGGCUUCAGAGCGGGCAGCCACUGGUUCCCGCUGGAGACCGUUACAAGCUCAGCCUUGAUGGAACCAGGCUCACCAUCUUGAACUUCACCACCCCCCAAGACCUGGGGAAUUACAGCGCCCGCUGCUCCAAUCCGCUGGGAUCCCAGAGUGCCAAUCUCACUCUCAUUGGUCCCACCGUCGCAGAGUCAACUGUGUCCCGUAAACCCAAUCCCAGAUCUGCGUACAUCACCUGGAAGAUUCCCAGUGGAUCAGCGGUCACCAGCUUCCGGAUCCAGAUGCAAGGACCUUCGCAAGGCCGUUCUGCCUCAGCGUGGGAAAUGGUGGAAUGUCUGGACGCUGGCAACCGGUCCGUCACUGUGACUGAGCUGGACCCCUGGUCCUCAUACUCCUUCCGUGUGGUGCCCUUCUUGGGAACCCAGGCUGGAAACUCUUCUCACGUCCUGACCCUCCAGGCAGAGCCGUACUUGAGUGCUGGUGCCAUUGCCGGAAUUGUGAUCGGCUCCAUCUUGGGCUUCCUUUUGAUCCUCCUUUUGAUCUUCCUGGUCAUCUUCUUCUGCCGAGCCCGCAGACGGAAAGUCCCCCCCACACCACCGGAGAAUCAGCAACAUUACCUUUCUCGCCAGUUUCCGCAUGGCAGGGAGUCCAACGAGCCCUCUUGGGGUAAUCCUCGCUGGUCUUCUGGAGACUCGGACUUCUACAGCAUCACCUACGAGGAACACCUGCGCAGACAUGGGGGGCUGGCGACCUUGCCCAUUGAUACCAGGGAUAGAAAGCACAACAACUCUGCCACCCCACUUCCCCGGCCCACCGGCACGAAUGUUCGCAACGCUACUCAGGUGUGA